AUGCCGCUGUACAAGCAGGUGCUCCUGACGAACCUCAAGGCGCCGCCGAAAGACGUGGCGCGCGUGUUCCAGGACUGCGCGGCGCUCGUGACGUCCCAGGGCGGCGUGAUCCGGUCCACGGAAAACCGCGGCGAGAAGCGGUUGGGCUACGGCAUUGAAGACCGUCGAUGGGGCGCACUGCAGCGCCACUACGAGGGCAAACUCAUUGUGCAGCAGUUCAACACGUCACCCGCAGUGCUGAACGAAGUGGAAGCGAAGCUCAAGAACAGUUUCCCCGUCCUCCGGUUCCAGACGUUCAAAGUGCGGGACCCCAUCGAUAAGCUCAUGAACACGCGCGUGCCGCUCGAGCAGGCGCAGCUGCUGCUGAAUCCGCUUGCAAAAGCCAAAGCCGAACAAGCGGCAAAGGCCGCGAAGGAAGCGCGACGUCCGCGCAGUCCCGACCUUGUGGACGUCAAGCCCGAGGACUUUUUCGACACGAGCGACGAGUGGGAGGCCGCGCAGUUCAAGCAGUACGUGCCCGAGUGGAAGCGCGACGCGCUGUUUGAGCCGGAAGCGCCGGCGCAUCUCAAGGACGAGCAGAAAUGA